AUGCUCAAGUCGCUCGUUCUUCUCUCCGUUCUCGCCAUCGGUGCGACCGCCCAGUUCGAGGGCAUCGACGGCCUGACCGCCCUGCCCAAGGAGUGCGAGUCGCAGUGCGCCGCCGUCGAGGCUGUUGCGCCCCAGUGCGUCAACAUGGACAACAAGUGUCUCGAAGCUGUCUGCGCGCCCUGUCUCGACUGCGCCAAGAUGGGCGCCAUGUACGACACCCUCGUCCAGUCGUGCCAGUACCUCGGUCUCGGCGGCGGUGGCGCCUCGGGAUCGGCCAGCGGCAGUGCUGGUGUGUCGUCCGCGUCCCCCCUCCUCCCUGGCGCCGACGCCGACAACUCGGGCGCUGCCGGCCUCGUUGCUUCGGCUGCUGGUAUCGGUGCCGCCGCUCUCCUCGCGGCGUGCUUCUAA